CCAUGGUGCGCGCUCACUGUUGUAUUUGGUGGUACAUUGUGGGAAAGGUUUGCCCGCCGCCAGGCAAACUUUCCCUGAAGCGACUAAGCUCCAAGCAGCCAAGAGAUCUUGAUCGAGAUACUUCAAGACUGCAAUCCCUGUGGAUUACUGUAUUGUGUGUAUUCUUUCAUCCAUACCUCAGUAGGUCAGAGCCACUAGCCGGGGCUCUUCAGACCGAUUCGAUCAGGGCCCUCUGCCGAAAUAACUGCAGUUGUGGCUUGGCCUCAACAAAGUGUGCAGCACUCUUUAACUUUGUAAUCUUACAGAUCCGUUCCUCCCACGGCCCGGGUAACCCUGGGCGAGUUCCAAUGGUGUUAUCGUUAUUGUACGUACAGUGUGAUUCCAAAGGCUGAGUGCCCCAAGGCAUCGGCGUGCAGCGGUUGCGGUGAAGUCGAACACCUCAGGAUCCGGAGGCUUCAGAGAGGGGAAGGUGGCUGCGAAUACACAGCUGGUGCGUUGAUCGUUACCCAACUUGGGGUCUGGACAAGAUAGAGCUCUCUGAUGGCUUCAUCUUCAGGCCCUCGGGGACCAGGCGCUGGGCUCCUGGAGGAGGGAGUGGAGUGGCAGUGGUUCUUUGCCAGAGCGUCUUGAGCUACUGCGACUAGUGAAGAAAUUUAAAAUGAGGUUGAAGACAAAUUAGAGUUUGCAUAUGUGGAGCCGCUAGGACGCUCCGGGUGGCUUGAAUUGACAGAUUCCGUUCAUGCGCUAGUCUUUAUACAGCUAGAUCCUACACCGGCG